AUCCAAGAUGGCCGCCGAAGUCGCUCGGAUUCGCUCGAGGUGUCCGAUGUCGGAUGUCGACCGGUCGAGCGCGAACAGUCGAGUGCUAAUCAAAUUGCAUUCCGAAUCGAGAUCGAAGUCUUUCGCCCUGCUCGAUUACCCUCGUCUGGCGCACAAUCGGGCUUGAUUCGAUCGCGUUCAAAGAAGCGUACAUCCACGCCUCGGCCUCGAAUUUUCGCACCUUCGGUCGCCUCCGCACAGAGCCGGGCUGCACCGUAGCGAUGGACUCCUUCAUGGUCAUCGACUACCUGGUCUUCGUGGGUUUCAUCGUGGUGUCCUUCGUCAUCCCGCUAUGGGGCAAGUUCAGGGCGAGGAAAAAGGAGACCAAGGCUGACUACGUCUUCGCCACUGGCAAGGUCUCCAUGGGCGCCAUGAUGCUGUCCAUCGCUAGGGGAACGCUCGGGGUGCGCUCCUUUUUAGGCUACCCUUCCGAACUGUACUAUAGAGGCACCGCCAUGUGGGAGACCCUUUAUGGGAUGCUUCUGGCGUAUCCUAUCGUCUGCUACGUCUUCGUCCCGGUUUAUUACAACCUCGGGAUCACCUCGGUGUAUCAGUACCUGGACAUGAGGUUCAAGUCCAAGCUGGUGCGAUGCCUGGCCAGCUUCUCCUACGUCAUUAGGAGUCUCUUGAAUCUGGCGGUGACGGUUUUCACCCCUUGCGUAGCCCUGAAGACGGUCAUCGGCCUACCGUACUGGGCCAGCAUCUUCGGGAUCACCACGAUCUCCGUGGUCUUCACUAUCAUGGGUGGGUUGAAAGCCGCCAUUCUUUCCGACGUGAUCCAAGGCCUCACCAUGGUGGGCGUCUCCGUGGCCAUCAUCAUCCAAGGCGUUGUCGAUGUCGGGGGAGUCUCCCCUGUAGUCAACAUCACUCAAGAACGAGGACGUCUGGAUUUCUUCAACUUCGACAUGGAUCCCAGGAUCAGGGUGACCACGAUCUCCGCCCUCCUUGGCCAACUUUUCAUGAGCUUGUCAGUCUUCGGUUGCCAGCAGAACUUCGUGCAGCGAUACUGCAGCAUGAGUAGCCGCAGCAAAGUUGUGAAGACGAUGAUGGCGAACAUGCCGGUGAUCACCGUGUUCUUCAGUUUGUCGUGGGUUGUCGGGAUGGUGAUCUUCGCCAGCUACGCCGACUGCGACCCUUUGAGUCUGGGAUACAUCGACAAGUUCGACGAAAUCGUGCCGUUCUACGUGGAGGACAAAUUCGUGUACCUCCCGGGGCUCCUGGGUCUGGUGAUGGCAACUCUCUUCAACAGCGCCCUAACACUGGCAGUUUCAAACUUGAACUCCCUAGCCACGGUGACUUUCGAGGACUUCCUAAGUCACCUGCCGAUCCUGAGCGACUUGAAGGACACCCAGCAACUGCGCUUCAUCAAGAUCAUCGCGGUGAUCUACGGGUUCCUGAUCAUGGGAGCGAGUUUCCUGGUGGGAAUGCUGUCGGGGGUGAUAGAGUCUUCCAUGCUGAUGACCUCGGCGACGUCCGGCCCUCUUCUGGGAGUGUUCGUCCUGGCCAUGCUGGUGCCAUGCGCGAACUGGAAGGGAGCCUCGGCAGGCAUGAUCUUCAGCCACAUAACGACCCUCUGGAUCACGUUCGGGAGCCUGACCGUGGAGAAACCCUCGGAGACGCUUCCCCUGUCUACAGCAGGCUGCCACAACGAUACCUUCUCCAGCCACGUGAGGACGCCGGAAAACAUCCUGAGUCUCCUGCCCACCGACUUCUCCGACAGCAGACUGCCCAGCACGACCAGUGCCCCGCACCUGGAAGUGCCCAUGAACCCCUUAACCUACCUGUACAGCAUAACGUACAUGUACUACGCCCUGAUCGGCAGUCUGAGCACGGUCAUCGUCGGCAUCGUCGUAAGUUUGCUGACUGCCGAUCCCAAGGGGGACAUGUACGAGGACCACUUGCUGCACCCCGCGGCUCUGAAGCUCUCCAAGAUAUUUCCAGGUCGACCCAGGCUCUACACUGGAAGCACUCGUCUUGGCGACGAGGCGACCGAAAACACCAACGCCGCGUCCUCGGCUACCUCGAUCACCAAUGACGACAAGGCCACCUCUAGGCGCAGUUUGUGCGACGACAACAAGGUGCACCUAGACGACAACUACAUCGAGAGGCUAAACGCCUUGAAGGGCGCCACUCUUGACGUCACCAACGAGAUGUCCAAGGGAACCAAGCUCUGACAGAGAGUGCUGGACGUUGUGGAGCUCGCAUGGACUCUUCCGGUUCUCACCAGCCUGAAUGGACUCGGUUUGGGCUUCGGAAGCCUGGUGCCGGGUUCCUCUCGAAGACGUUCCCGGACCCCACUGGGCGCCCGGGUUGGGAUCCUCGAAUUGGAGGACAAGAACGUGGACGAGGGAGCCGGUGUCCUAGAAAUAGACUGAUGACUCCUUGCUCAUAGUGUGUACAUAUCGUAGGAGCAUCGAGUCCGAUGCGCUGGCUGUGUUACUCGUUUCGUCCCUUGGUGCCGAUGGUCCUCGAGGUCCGUUCGAGCUGUCUCGUUAUUUGGGGCAGCUCCAGGGACGUGGACGCAGCUCGUUUGAAAACUCUUUAAAGAUCCUGUCAUGCCGUUCGGGAUGGAAUCCUAGAAUUGGGGCGCCAAGGGACGAAUAGGGAACUCGGUAGCCUCGGAGCGGAGAGAUCAUUUGCUUGUAACGUGCAAUCGAAUCGAAUCGGAUACGUCAUGCGUGCACGAAUUGAGCAAGAAUUUUUAAUUUUUAGUUCUCUCGAUUAAUUGUUACACGUACCGUCUACUGGCGAUCGAAGUAGACCUAUCGCUUCACUUCUAUGAAGUGCGACCGAGAGGAAUCGGUGUUCGGGUACAGGACACCGAUCGACGCUCCUCACUUAAUCCCCGAGAGAGGGACGCUAACAUCGCGUGUUAUUUUCUAAGAUGUAAAAAUGAAGAGGAGGAAAGUAUAGUUGGCGCUGAAAUUCAUUACGGUACCGAAAACCGCAUUUGACGACGAAUUCUCCGGAUUCUGGAGGAACGAUCCGGGGAAUCUUUGAGAAAUUGCCAGGAGCAUAAUGCACCUCCGGAUCGUCCUGGAUCCCGAUUUAAUCACGAAAUGGACCUGCCAUUUCAUUAGGAAAAUUGGCAACGAAUGCGUGACGCAUUACUGUAUAGCGUGCAGCAUUCAUUCUCCCGGGGCGUGAUAUAUCUGCCAACUGUGCAUUAGCGCCAACUUUACCGAUAUGGAUGAUAAGCCGAAGAGCUCUUCUCCACUUCGCGAAGCGUUUUGCUUUCCGUCAUUUUACUUGCGUUCGUGAAAUAUUCCCCUAUAUUUCUGGAAAUUUGACUUAUCGCCUCGGCCCGCUAUCUGCGCCCCUCUUUUGUAAUCGGCAAAGCAAACAUGUCCGAUAAAAAGUCAAGCCCGACGUUUAAGUGGACGCAUUAAUGCUACUUAAAACGGUGUUUAAAAAUGUCGAAACCCAGAAUUGCGUCUAUGGCUUUUGAACUCGCUUUUCUCGCUUCACUCCUGAUAUUAUUUAUUUAUAUAUUGUCAUUUUAUUGCACUAUGCCAUUUUACCCUCUCUCGAUUUUAUUUAGCAAGUCGUCUUAAAAUUCCAAUUUUCUUUACGACAAAAUUCAGAAUUUCUAAAAAUGGCGGAUGAGAUCGACGUUGGUCAAUUUUCGGAUUUUUAUGAAAACCGAACCCCGAAUUACGGGAAUGUUUGCUGCACACUGUAUGUUAACAAUUUCGUUUUUCUAGGAGAUAAAUGACCACUUUUGCAACAUUACGGGAGAUACGGCGAGGAGGGAAAAAAUUUGUACAUAGACGCAAGUGUGCUCACUAAUGCGAACGCGGGUGUAUUUUAUUUUCUUCGAGACUCAAAAUGGCCGGUUUUUCGAAAUUCAGCCGUGAUUAUGACGGAAACGCCGGCUAUCCGAAAGAUCAUUAUUCUUACGAUUACCUCGUCUCGUGUUACGACAAAACGUGUACAUAAAUCUGUGUAUUGCGUGUAUAGCUGCAUAUAAAUAUGAUUUAGCCCUUUUA